AGGCAGGGGUGGGGGCAGCGCCGGGCACGUGGCUCGGGGGACUCGGCGGGUGUAUAAAGAGCCCCCGUCCGCCGCGCCGGGCGAGAGGCGGCGGCUGCGGCCGGGAGCGGGACUCGAACCCGCGGCGCUCGGCUGCGGGCCAUGGAGCUGCCCACGGCUGCCGGCACCGCCUGGGGCAACGGCACCGCCUGGGGCCCCCUGCCCGGAGCCAACGGCACGGAGGCAGCGCAAGCCAAGAACGCCACCUCCAUCCUCAUCGCCAUCGUCAUCACCGCGCUCUACUCCGUGGUGUGCGUGGUGGGGCUGCUGGGCAACGUCCUGGUCAUGUACGGCAUCGUGAGGUACACCAAGAUGAAGACAGCCACCAACAUCUACAUCUUCAACCUGGCCCUGGCGGACGCGCUGGCCACCAGCACCCUGCCCUUCCAGAGUGCCAAGUACCUGAUGGAGACCUGGCCCUUUGGGAAGCUGCUCUGCAAAGUUGUGCUCUCCAUUGACUACUACAACAUGUUCACCAGCAUCUUCACCCUCACCAUGAUGAGUGUGGACCGCUACGUCGCCGUGUGCCACCCGGUCAAGGCCUUGGAUUUCCGCACGCCAGCCAAGGCCAAGAUCAUCAACGUCUGCAUCUGGGUGCUCUCCUCCCUCAUCGGGGUGCCCAUCAUGGCCAUGGCUGUCACCAAGUCAAAAGACGGAAUGGUGCUGUGCACGCUCCAGUUUCCCGACCCUCCCAUCUACUGGGACACCGUGACCAAGAUCUGCGUCUUCAUCUUUGCCUUCCUGGUCCCCAUCUUGGUCAUCACCAUCUGCUACGGGCUGAUGAUCCUCCGCCUGAAGAGCGUCCGCCUCCUUUCGGGCUCCAAGGAGAAGGACCGCAACCUGCGGCGCAUCACGCGCAUGGUGCUGGUGGUGGUGGCAGCCUUCAUCAUCUGCUGGACGCCCAUCCACAUCUUCGUCAUUGUCUGGACGCUGGUGGACAUCGACAAGAAGAACCCCUACGUGGUGGCCAGCCUGCACUUCUGCAUCGCCCUGGGUUACACCAACAGCAGCCUCAACCCCGUCCUUUACGCCUUCCUGGAUGAGAACUUCAAGAGGUGCUUCCGAGAGUUCUGCCUGCCUUUCCGAGCCCGCCUGGACCACAGCAGCUUCUCCCGGGCCAGGAGCACCACGCGGGAGCGCGUCUCCACCUGCACCCCUUCGGAAGCCCGCUCCAAGCCGGCAUGACUAGGCAUGGGCAGGCUGCAGCGGGGCUGCCGGGGCCACGGGGGGGAUGACCUGCGCUCAGAAGUGACCCAGGUCACCACCACGGAGCUGUAGCAGAGCGGUGGCCCCGGCCCUGCCACUGGCUUUGUGCUCCCACGGAGGGAGAGUGACUGGAAAGGAGUUUUCCAUCCCGGAGAAGCAGGGACGAGGGAGUCAGGACUCAGCGAGCGAUGGAGAGGGCCAACAGGAGGCACAGCCCAGGCAGAGCUGCUCCCACCACUGAGGGACAAUGUGCCAGCCCCAUACACACAGCAAGGGUCCAAGGCACGGCCCAAGCACUGGGACACCACGAAUGAAUGCCUAUGAGUUUCUUCUCCUGCACGGCCCACGAUGGCAUCACAGCCCAUGGCAAGAGGGGAAACGCUCCCGUGGCCGAAGGGGACUGUGCCGGGGGUGUUGCCACAUCAUGAGGCCUCGCUCCAUCCCCCUGGGUCCAAAAACCAGCCAGAGACAGGAGGAGAAAAUGAUGCCACUUCAGAGACCCUUGUCAAAGAGCUCCACAUCCAUAGGAAAACCGUUACUGGAGUUCUCCACGUUGGGACUGUCCCCAGAGGACAGCUUUGUGCUGUUCAUGUCAUCACUGUAUCAUUUAGAGACCUCCAACUGCAGCCAGGGCAGCCCUAGAUACAGAUGUGAUGCUGGGAACACGGAUAAAGGCAGGGCAUAAAGCAGGGCACAUCUUGGCUGAUGCCAGGUUCUCCAUGCCCAGCAUCCAUCGGGAUGACAGGGAACUGCUCCUCAGCCAUCUGCCUCCAAAGCUGCUAAGGCUGAGAAAGAUCCCAUGAAGGGAGCAAGCUGGGGGACGUGAGGAGUGCUAAAGGAAUGAGUCCAACAGGACUUCCCUGCCUGCUGGCUGAGGGAUGGACAACAGCACUGCCCGGGUCCCCUUUAGCAGGGCCCGAAAGGACAGGAUGGAGAAGAUGGGGGGAAACAACAUCACCCUCAUUCCAUC